UUUUCGUUUCUUCGCUGACACUGACCUAGGGUUUGUUCUUUUCCCAUUUUUCUCUCAAUCUUUCUCAUUUUUCUCGCAUUCUUCCCAAUUCUUCCUCCAUUGUUCAACAUUGUCUUUCAUUUACCGAAGUGUUUUUAAAUUUUUGUCUUGUCUGUCUCUGUUAAUUUUCAGAAAAUGGGAUCCAAAAAAACGACGAAAUUGGGAAAAGAAGAAAGAGAAGGGAAGAAACGAAAAGCUACUAGUGAAGAACGUUUUUUUGAGGUCUUUGAAAUUAUUCUUAACUACAAUGGAGACUUUGAAUGGUUUGGUUAUUUUAAUGAGGAUGUGGCUGUCAGAAAAUUUCAUAUUGAGGAUAUAGGAUUAAAUAGUCUAGAUAAGUGGUUACUUGAAUUGAAGGUUCAGGGAUUGUUAAUGUAUUAUUGGAGGCGGGCUGGCAUGUAUACUGAAGAAUUAAUUCCUAUGGAAAACGAUGACCAUGUCAUGGACAUGGCACUGGCUGGGGCACAAGAUGGUAGUGUUGAUGUGUAUGUUAGGAAGUUAAGCUGUGAUGACGUGUGCAACCUAAGGCCUGUAUUUGGACAAACAUUAUUUGAGUUGAAAGAACUUGAAGAUGGGGAUGAUGCAUUGGAGCUGCAGGCUGUUGCUGAGGCUGAACCAGUGCAGGUGCUGCAGAUUGAAGGUCCCGGUGAACCAGUGGAGGUGCUGCAGAUUGAAGGUCCCGGUGAACCAGUGGAGGUGCUGCAGAUUGAAGGUCCCGGUGAACCAGUGGAGGUGCUGCAAAGUGAAGUUGUUGAUGAACCUGAAGUUGUUGAUGAACCCCUGGAGAAGCAGCAGUCUGGUGGUUCAGACUGAAGAUUGACACACUUGAGUUACCUUUUUUGUGCAAAGUUAUGCAUCAACAGUUGUAACCUUUUAGGUUAAUAUUUAUUUUGCAAUUAGUAUUAAUACUGAGAAUUUAUAUUUUUGCGCUGGUUGAUUAAAUGUUGGAGAAGUAUUGUUUGUUUGCUUAUGAUAUUCCCGUUUAUUAUUGUGAAUUGGUCGUUAUUGAAA